UGGGAUGACCCACGGGACAGAUUGUGGACACUGGCGGGCUCAAGUUCAGGGACCCCUAUGUGUAAAAAAAUACAUUUAGUAUGUAUUAUAUUUUUCUGUAUUUUUGAAUGUGUUUAUCCACCAUUAAUGUUUGACUAAUUAAGCUUACCUACAACUAAAUAUAACAAACAUUGGUUUACAGUUCUGAAAUAUAGUAAAAUGGAUGUUUGAUUGAACAUAUGAAUAAAUAGUUUGAAAUACUUUCAUAGAAGAGUUUGGACCUACACCAAUUACACUAUUUAAUAAAACAAGAUAGUCAUACACAUAUAUGAAUGCCAACGCUGUAAUUGGAAUGUUGGCAACAUACCGUGGUUAUCACACAGCAUGUAUUCACCACAAAAUAAGCAUUUAUUUUUUUUUAAAUGGCACUAGCAUAAACAAAAAGUCAUUUACGCUGAAUAACACUUGCUAUAGUGACGAUUUCUGACGCUUGGUAUUUGAACAUUCAUUCAGUCCUACUCACGUUGCCUAGGGGACGUCAACAACAUUUUGAUCAUUUCCGGUCUCGUAGUCGGGGUCCUACAGGCACACUCUUGUCGUCAAAUUUGACAUUUUCGGUGUUUAGAAUGAUUCAAAUUUGAGAUAAGGUUACAAACGUAUCAUUUUUUUAACCGACACGGAAAUGCAUUUACAGAGAAGAGCAGGUAAUUUCAAACAGGCGAUAUCUGACGGCGAGCAGCAGCAACACAAUGGCUACUUAUUUGACCUCCCUUCGUUCUUUAUCCUAACUUUCCAAAGAUAUGAAGGAGAAUCCAAAGAAGGCCGGUUUGAUGGGAAAGGUCUGGCCAAGUUUAAAGGAGGCCAUUUUUAUAAGGGAAUGUUCUCCAUGGGACUAAUGCAUGGAAGUGGUGUCUUCACAUGGGCUGACAGAGUGCAAUAUGAGGGAGAGUUUGUGAACAACAUGCCCAUGGGCCAAGGCAUGUACAGCUGGCCAGACGGCAGCUCCUAUAAAGGUGACGUGUGCAACAGUGUCAGGCAUGGGGAUGGAACCCACAAAAUUGGCAAAAGCAAAGUGGCAUACCAAGGUCAAUGGAAUCACAGCAAGAGGCAUGGAAAGGGCACUGUGUAUUAUAACCAGGAGGAGACCUCUUGGUACAAAGGAGAUUGGAUUAUGAACAUAAGAGAGGGAUGGGGCAUAAGAAGCUACCCGUCUGGUAACAUUUAUUUUGGUGAGUGGAGGAAUAACUUAAGAAACGGAGAAGGCACCAUGAGGUGGCUGAACGUGGGACAGCUUUACAUUGGGAACUGGCGAGAUGGAGUCCAGCAUGGCCAAGGCACUCACGUGUGGCUGGUGAAGCGAACAGAUGGAUCGGAAUUUCGUCCAAGUAAUCAGUACACGGGGAAUUUUUUCCUGGGUCAGAGACAUGGACAUGGAAUCUUUUAUUACUCUAGUGGUGACACCUAUGAGGGAGGAUGGAUGAGCAAUAAAAAACACGGGAAGGGAAAAGUCACCCUCAAGGAUGGUCACACGUUUGAAGUACAGUUCAUCACUGACAAAAUGGAGACUACCAACAUGACAGAAAACGGAACAUCUAUUCGACAUGGUGUGGGCGAGUCCACUCUUGGACCAGACAUGACUGUCAACAUUGAUUGUAUUUUGGAGAAAUUUCCUCUGGGAAAACGAGAUACCGAGCUCAAACAGGUGAGGUUCGUGCUGCUAAGGCACAAGACAGAGUUUAGGGCUAUCUACCGUUUCUACAGCCGACUGGGGCAACGCCAGACUCCAGGUGGUGCCUUUCUGCUGUCCCGCAUGCAGAUGUGGCGCCUGCUCAAAGACUGUUACAUCCACCAUCACGGCAUCACCUUGGCAGAGCUGGAUCUUUUUAUAAGAGACAACCCGGACCCAGCUGAGGUUCACUCCCCCUUUACUCCCAUCAUGCUCUGUCGCUUUCUCAGCUGCCUGGUAGUCAUUGCUUACCACAUCUACCAGAAGGACAUUGAGCCAUCAAAUUACCUUCUGGCUUCUUGCUUCUCCAAACUGCUGAUCGAUGACAUAUUUCCAAAUGCUAUGAAUGUAAAAGGCUUCCUGUUUAACCCACCGGGGCAUGCAGUUGUUGCGGUUGACUAUGUGAAGAAAAGCUUGGAGGUCUAUCAGGCUUACUGCAGGCUCAAUGCACCCCCCAGGGAUGACUGCACUAUGACAAACCGGCAAAUGCUGUGGCUGUACAAGGAUCUCAAACUUUUUGACUGUAAUUUGACCGUAAGCAACAUCAUCGAAAUAAUCUGUGAAGAAAUCUGGGACCCUGGUAACGUGCCAGCAUGCAUGGAAAUAGAGGUUGUAUUCCUAGAAUUCUUUGAGGUUCUCCUCGGCUGUGCUGAGAUUAAAUGUCAGGAGAUGUCAGAUUGUUCCUCCACUAUAAGACCAUGUCUCUCCUCCCCAGCAGUUUCUCUUAAAUGGCAACAAUUGCUGACCAAGGGGCUCGCACUGGAAGCUUGGAGUCAGAAGAUCCAUCACUUCUUCAACCAGUUUUUCUUUCCUGCUGUUGACCUUCUCCAGUUAGCAUGAUCAGCAACAACCAGUUGAAGAAUUACACGACUGGUGAAUGAGUUACUUGUACAAGGUCUAUUUCAGCCUACUCUUGUAAUUAAACAGAAGAAAGAAACAA